AUGAGCAGUGGCAAGUCCAUGCCACGACGACAGACCUACAUCACCGAGGUCAUUGAUGAAGAGGCCUUGGAGGCCGAUGAGUUUGAAGAUGCCCAUGAACAGCCCGAUGAGCUUGAAGUCGAGGCCGAACAGGAAGAGCAGCCAGAAGACGAAGAAGGCCAAGAGGCCACAGAUGAUGUGACCGACGACUUGACCAACCUCGCACAGGUCCUGACGGUCACGGCUCGCAAAUUGAGUGGCAUCACCUUGGGUCGCAAGUUUUCCACCGGCAACAAAAGCAAGAAGUCACCGGAUGAACUCCGAAAGGUGACGCAUUGCUCUGCCUGCGGUGGUUUGGGGCACUGGUAUCAGGACCAGGCACGCCCGAUGAAUCAAGGAGCUGGAGCUGGAAAGGCUGGCAAGUCUGGCAAGGGGUCCAAAGGAUCUUCAAGCUCGAGCUACCGCCAGACCUCAGGCCCUGACAAAAAGGCUGAUCGUCCUCAUCAGGUCAGCGUGGUGCACCAUGAGCACGGGUCCCUCGAGGUGAACGAUGCACCCCCUUCAGACUAUGGGACAAUGUUUGCCAUCAACAUGGUCACCAACCUCCCUUUUCAGGUUCAUGAGACCAAGGGCUUCGGGACUGGUGGACACGACCUCACCGGCUACAUGGUUUUGGAUUCGGCCUGCCAGAGAACAUGUGCUGGCAAAGCUUGGUACCGGUCCCAUGUUGACAUGUUGUUCAAGCACCACCUCAAGACCAAGGAGAUCCCCUCGGAAGAUGUGUUUCAGUUCGGCAAGGGUGAACCAACGACCUUCCUCAUGCGGACGGCGCCGCCCUCAUGGCUUCAGCGCUGGCGCCGCUUGGUCUCAUGCCUCGAGGCCUUCAAGAGGAACAUCUGGAUCUACAUGGCGGGGGGCGUGCGAUUGGGCAUCAUGCCCAAGUCAUGGCUGGACCAUGCAGUGCCGCCGGAGAUGAGCCCACGACUUCAUCCCGAGAAGUGCCAGCACACGGUGAUCAAGCGGUACGGCAAUGCGCAUGGCAGGUUCGCACGUUGCCAAACCUGCCUUCGAAAAUGGAAAUGGAACAACAAGAAGGAAGAUUGGGACAUCUGGUCUUCCCAAGGAGGUGGCUAUCUCGCUUCCUCUUCUCGACAAUUGCCAUUGCCACAGCCGUCAUCGAAGGCAACGGCAUCUGCAGGGAGCACCAGCAAGGCUCGACCGAAGCCCAAGGCCAAGAGCGCAGCAGUACCAUGUUCGGCCUGGACAUCAACUCUUUCGGGUUGGACGAGCUUCGAGAUGGGCUACACGCUCCACACCGACCACUUGACUCAGGAGGAGCAGGUGGAGGUCUUCAGGAUCCUGGAGCAGAGGUCACCGCUGGAAGCAGAGCCGACCACCGUGGCGGAGUUCGCCUUCCUCAACGAGGAGCACUUCAGGCCUCACCGGGAGAAGCUGGAGUUGGCGGCCGAUCGAAAGAGGCACGAACGCCUGGUGGAGCUGGGCGUGUUGAUCGAGGAGGACGAGGAGAUCAUGGAUUGGGGCCUCAUCUACGAGAUUGCAAAACGACUUCGAGGAGACUGGAACAAGGCCGCUGACAUCCUCGAGAAGGAGUGCCAGGUCUAUGCAACAAGCAAGCCGACCAUGGAGAGACCUCCACCCUAUGCUGACCUCUGGGAAUUGUUCGCUGGAAGUUCAAAUAUGACCCGGUUGGCAGCUCAAUAUAACCUGAACACCUUGCAGCCCAUGGACCUCCUCUAUGGCCAGAACUUCAAGGACCCAGCCAUGCGUAAGAUGAUCUUCCAAAAGCUCGACCACUAUAAACCUUGGCUGGUGAUCAUGGGAGUGGACUGCAGGUUAUGGAACCAGUUCAACAUCAACCUCAACUGGUCUUCACCAGACAGGCGGCUUGCACUACGCCACUUGCAGGACGAUGAGAAGGUUCUUGUCGAGUUUGCCGUGGCGGUCGCACUACGACAACACCGGGCAGGGCGCUAUUUCCUGCUCGAGAAUCCACAGCGCUCACAACUGUGGAACUUGGAAGAGGUGACCGACCUUUUAGGCCUUCGCGGAGUUUGGACCACAGACCUGGACUGCGGAGCUUAUGGAGCUGAAGUUGAUGGACAACCAAUCGCAAAACCCAUGAGAUGGGCAGGAAAUCAACCUGGCCUACAUGAACAGCUCAACCGUCGGCUCACACCUCUCCAGAAGAUGUACUGCACUCCCAUUCAGGGCAAGCUCACAAGACGAUCUCAAGAAUACCCUGAUGAGCUAUGUCACGCAGUACUUCAGGAGCUCCGUGCACUGAUCUUCCAAAAGGAGCCCCUACGAUUUGGACCACCGCAACACAAGGUCUAUGCAACGGCCUACCCAACGUCCGAUCUCGACCUAUGGGAUGACAUCGUGAAGUACGUGGACAACGUCUACGAAAGAGGAGCCAAAAGACCUUUCAACUUCCCCGUGGACUCCGACAUGGGCAAGAGGAUUCAAGAGCUCUUCCGCAUCAAGGCCGUGCGCAUUCAGGCUUUCUAUGCUCCGACUUCCAGGAGGAUUCCGGCCAAUGUGGAUGAGUACUUCACGAGAGCAGCAUUCCUUCAGUAUGCUGACAAGACCCGCGCAGUUGAGGUCGAGGACUUGGACCAGAUCGAGUUCCCAAGACAGCGGUUCUCAAAAGCUGUUGCCUUUGGCAUUUUCGCCUACGGGUUCAGGAUGGAGACCACUUCACCGGCUACACCGGCUCCAGAUGCAGACAGGGCCAUCAUUCCAGGCCUCACCACUGACAUCUCCUUCAGCGGUGUCGACGGAGUUGACCAACACGUGAAGCGGUCACUGGCCCGACUACACCUGAAUCUGGGACACCCCAGUACUCAAGAGCUGAUGAGGCUACUGGCGCAUCAAGGACGCAUCCCGGCCACAGUCAUCAAAGCAGUGCAGGGCAUGAGUUGCUCUACAUGUCAACGACUGAAGCCACCUCAAGAACCACGACCAACCAGUAUGCCUUCAUUGGUCGCAGGGCAAUUUGGUGAUGAGCUGCAGGCAGAUGUUUUCUACUGCCGACUACUGGAUGGCACUUCGUUUCCGGUCCUUGGCAUUAUUGACAGAGCAACAGGUCUCCAUAUGGCUGGCCUCAUGAAGAACCGCGACUCGGAGACCACCUUUGAGCUCCUCACCGACCGUUGGCUUCGACCUUAUGGUCUUCCUUUGAAGUUCUCAUGCGACCCGGACCGAACAUUCCGGGGAGAGUUCGAGAAGCGCCUGAUGUCACUUGGCGUCAUCGUUGAACACUGCCCACCAGAGGCCCACUACCUCAUCGGCAUGAUCGAAAGACGCAAUGCCAUCUUGCAUGUCACGCCUGUAACACAAUGGCAUUCACCAGAGGACGUUUUGAGCACCUCCACUCAACCAUUCCGUGACCCUGAACAUCCUGGACUACGAGCAGAACUGGUGCGCAGUGAAGCUCUGAAGACUCUCAUCGAUCUUAAUGCACAACAACAGUUCCGUCGAGCUCUACUGCGCAAGACAAGAAACACCAGCAUCCCAGACCUCCAACCUGGACAACGAUGCGCAGUGUGGCGCUGGACGAAGAAAGGAGUCCGCAAGAGAGGCGCAUGGCUGGCAGCUCGAUUUCUGUCAUGGGAUCCCGCCCAUGAAGGAAAACAAGCCUGGGUGAGACUUGGUGCAUCGACCACUUUGGUCACAGCAGAACAGCUCAGGGCUGCUCAUUCCUUCGAAGACUGGUGCCCUGAUGAGCAAGACAUCAAGGUCUUGAAGGAUGCCAGCAAGAACUUCGGCCAGCACAUGCUGGAAGAUGAGCGCGGUCCACCACCGCCUGAGGAAGCCUUGACCCAAGAUGCUCACUUGGAGCAGGAGGCGCUGGAGUACGACAACACGGCACCACCGAUGACACCAGCAAUGGCUGUUCCGGCAACACCAGCUCAAGCCUCACAAGCAGCACCAAGCACACCAGCACCACAGGGCAGCACUACCACAAAUGUGCAGGUCAACAUCGACAGCCCAACUCACACGCACCAUCACACCACGGUGCAGACACUACAACGGUUUGGGGAUCUCCCCAAACAACUUCGCACUACGAGGUCGAGAGGACCCACCACACCUUUGGAAUCAGCGCACUCCAAACGGACUCGUGCAACACCGGCUGAACUAGCAGCCAGCAGCACUGAACAUUUGGCAAACACUGCCACGGGCGAAACAGCCCCAGCAAUCGCACCGCACAGCGAGUUUCACCAAGCAGAGGUGGACACACCUCAGGCGCCUACCAUUUUGGAGGAGCCACAACACCCGCCAGAAGGUCCUCAAGUCACCUUUGCACCUACACCGGCAGAACUGGUACCAGUACCAGACGAUGAGGACCUGGCAGAACCUCAUGAAGUACAACAUCAACAGGAAGCAAAUACAGAUGCAGCAGCAGCAGGAACAAGCACUGAAGACGCGGCAGCUGCAGAGCCACAAGCAGAACAGGCACACACACCACAGCCAAUGGCUGAUGAACCACUUCCAACACUGCCAACGAAGAGGCCAUUUGACACCUUGGCACUCUCACUCGAGGAGGACGGCACCUUCUCGCUGGCAAGCAGGUUCUGGAAUGGCACACCGCCACAACACUAUGGGCCACAAAGCAAAACCUUCUUCAAGUGCUACACCACUACAGCACAACGUCAGCAGGACAUAGCAAACACAGACAAGCCGGCAGAAGAGUCUGACACAUCCGUGGAUUCGGAGGACUCUUCAGAACAAGCAGACAACAAGCAACCGCAGCGACAACACCAUGCUGCAGGCGAAGUCAAGGCCAAGUGCCGCAUCGUCUGCCUCGGUCAUGAGGACCCUGACCUCGACCGGCUCUCCAGGUCAUCACCGACCCCAGGCAGGACCAUUGAGAUGAUCUGCUACCAGAUGAUCGUGUCUGGACUCAAUGGCGAGCUCUUCAACACCACCUUGAAGUGGUCAGCCUGGGCUGGAGAUGCGCAGACGGCCUUUCUACAGGGCCGACAAAAGGACAGCGAGCGCCCCUUGCCGCUCUACAUGAAGGCGCCAAAAGAUGGGCUGAUCUCGAAGACAAGUUGCUGGUCCCACGAAUUGUACCAGAUCUUGGGCAAUGUCUACGGCCUCUCAAAUGCCCCACACCUCUGGAGCGAAGAAGUCUCUUCAAGACUGUCCACCAUGGGCUAUGGCCGACACGCCUUUGAUCCCCAACUCUUCAUCAAAAGGGACAGCCAAGAUGAUCCCAUCUCCGCCAUCCUCGUCUACGUGGACGACUUCUUGGGGCUGUUCAGAGAAGAUUACGACAUCUCUGAAGUGCAGAAGCUCUUCCGCUGGGGCGACCUGAAAGCCUUCGAGCCUGGCAAUCCCAUCACCUUCAAGGGGAAAGAACUCCUCAUCGAGACCACUGAUGAAGGUCGCUACAAGAUGAGCAUCAAGAUGGAGAAGUUCAUCGAAGGGCUCGACAGCGGCAAGAUCCCCAAGGGCAGGUCCACCCAGGACCCCAAGCUGACGGCCUCAGAGCACCAAGAGUUUAGAUCCGAGCUGAGACAUCUCAAGUCUCUCUACGAUGGCAUCAGCUACUUAAAGAAGACAAGCUCCCAAGGCCUUUGCAUCCAGGACAUCCCCUUCCGCAAGGACACCCUCAUCCUGGCUUUUUCAGACGCCAGCUGGUGCAAUGCAAGCCGCUCAGGCUCACAGAUCGGGCUGCUAGCAGGCUUCACUACUCCCUCCGUGAAGAUGCAGCCCACGAAGUACACGGUCAUUGACUGGAGGAGCUGCCGAGCUCCAAGAGUGUGUCGGUCCACACUCGCUGCAGAAGCAUGUGCAGCAGACGAAGCAUCGGAUAGGGCAAGCUACUUGAACAGAAUGGCGUCCGAGCUUCACUUCAACGAGCCAGCGCACCGAGUCGGAGCUCGAAUGGCUAUGGCCCAGGCCAUCGACGCGAAGUCCCUCUAUGACGCCUUGCUGGCUGAUGCUCCAAACAUCUCGGACCGGAGAAGCUUGGUCUCGGUUCGAUCAGUGCAGGAGGUGGACGAAAAGCUCAUGUACAUGUUCAGGGCAUGGCUGGAGAGCCCCAUGGCCGUCCUGGUCGAGCAUCCUGAGAACGCCAGCAUUUUGGCUAGGUCCAAGCCAGCUACCAAGCUGCCCAAGCCCAAGGCUCCAAAGCAACCAGCGAAGGUGGAUGAGGAGGAGGCUGAUGGCGAGGACCCUGCUCCAGACGUGGAGCUGAAGAGAAUGAAAGAACUCCUGGGCGAUGACAUUGAGGAGGACGAUGAGGACGAAGAGGACAAGGAUGAGGACGAAGAUGAGGACGAAGACGAGGAGGGCGAAAGCAAAUCCACCAAGGCCGCGAAGGCGAAGGCGAAGGCGAAGGCGAAGGCAGCAAUCAGAAAGCCAGGCUUUGACAUCGACCAAGGGCAAACCAUCUUUGUCCGGAAUGUCCCGUUCGAUGCAACUGCUGAUGAUUUGAAAGAGGUCUUCCGCCGGUUCGGCCGAGUGGGCUUUGUGAAGUUGGUCGCGGACAAGACAGGACAGAACGCCCACCGGGGAUCUGCAUUCGUCAAAUUCGCCGAGGUUGCCGGCGCCGAAGCUGCGUUAGCCACCGAAGCAGAAGCCGAUCAAAAGCUGAAGGAGCUCUCGUCGGUGAUCAAGCGCUCACAGCAGCGGGAGUUGCCUGCAGUGGAAGGAUUUGGGGUGAGUCUCAAGGGACGACGCCUGGUGCUGAAGUCAGCAGUAAAACCGCAAGAGGCCUCUGAGCUCUCCGACAAGGCCAAGCCGCAAAAGGGGGCUGCUGCCAAGGAGCGGAAGGCCUGGCUGCAUUUGCUGCAUGUUGGAGACAUUCCGGAGACCUCACCCAAGUGGCAAAACCUCUCUAAGUCCGAGCAGCGGCAGCGAGAAGAAGGGCGGAAAGAGAGGAAGUGGCGGAUCAACAAUCCGAACUUUGCCAUCCAUCCUCAGCGCUUGAGCGUCCGAAACUUGCCGACCUUUGUGGAUGCCAACAAGCUCCGCGAAGCGGUCUUGAAGAAUUUGGUUCAAACUUCGAAGGAAGGCAAGAAACAGGAUCGCCUGAAGCAGGCAAGAGAAGCAAUUCUCAAGGCGAUCCUGGUGCGUGACUCGGAGCGGCGGAGCGAGGAUGGGGAGCGACGCUCCAAAGGCUUUGGCUUCAUUGCAUUCAAGGACCAUGACUCUGCAAUGAGAACCUUGGAAUUCUUGAAUGACAAUCCGACGGUCUUUGGUGGCGCUCGUCGCCCCAUCGUGGAGUUCGCCGUGGAAGACAAGCGGAAGUUGAGGAUGCUGGAAGAGGAAAAGGAGAAGUUUGAGAAGAAACUUGCUGAGAAGCGAGGUGAUAAGGGUGAAGAUGAUGCAGCACCAAAGAGGAAGUUCAAGAGGAAACGGCCAAAGCCUGCCGAAUCCGAAGGGGUGGGUGCUGAAGAGAAGAGAAAGGGCCGAGGAGCCAAGCAGCGUGAGAAGCGCCGUGCUCAGAAAGCAGCUGAGGAGCGAAACAAGGCCAGAACUCAGCACAAAGAGAUGAAAGCCAAGAUGAAGGAGCUUGCCGAGAGGGAUCGGCAUCAGCGGAAGCCGAGGAAGGCCAGACCAAACCAGCUGCCUGAUGCAAAUCCCAAAAGCGCCAAGCUGCAGAGGAAAGGUGAUUUGGAAGACGACUUUGAGCUGCGAGCUCUGGAGCGCUUCCGACGAGGCGGCAAGCUGUAGUGAUGUGGCUAAGACCAAAUGCGAGACGGUUCGAAUUGGUUUUCGUCUCCACUCUCAGCUCGACUCUGAACUCCACAAGUUGCAAGAAAUGAGUACGUAGAAUGAGUCUGAGCGUGCGAGAGUGCAGUGAAGAUGAUAAUGUACCCGCCAAAAGAUGGGCGACACCGGCUCC